AUGGGCUCUGAGAACAAAUGGGAGUGGUAUCACCACUUGAGGAGCGCAUUAUGGGUAGACCGGAUAACACCCAAACAAGUCUUAAAGAAUUCUCCAUACAAGCUAGUCUACGAUAAAGACGCAUUGUUCCUCGUGUCUUUGGAAAUCCCCGCCUUACAAUUACUCAAGUCUAUUGAGGUGGCAGAAAAUGGUCCCAUGGAGGUGAGAUUGGUGGAAAUUAUGGAACUAGAGGAGGCAAGGGAACAAGCAUUUGCGCACCUUCAAAACCGUCAGCAAACCGUCAAGAGAUGGUUUGAUAAUAAGAAAAGUUCUGACCCGAGAUUCAAACAAGGCGACCUUGUUUUGAAAUACAAUGAAAGGGCGGCCAAGCCCAGUCAACAUGCCAAAUUUGAUAGUUUAUGGGAGGGACCCUUCCGCAUUAUAAAUUGUAAAGGUUUCAAUUCUUUUGAUCUUGAAGAUAUGUAG